GGCAACAAGAGGCUUGUUGUGCAUCCAUCCUUUGUCACUUCUUUGACGAGAUGCACUCGUUUGAAACGAUUGGAUAUAUCAGGAACUUCAUUUGAGGAUGCUUCACUCCCAAGCUCCCUAGGGAAUUUUUCAUCUCUAGAAGAAUUUUAUGCGUAUGAGAGCAGAAUAACAGGUAUCAUCCCUGAUCAAGUUGGUAACAUGAGUAAUAUAAACACUUUUGCGCUCUCAGGAAAUCGGUUGACUGGAUCCAUUCCAAAAUCCGUAAGACAGCUGGGGAAACUUCAGUACUUGGCCUUAGAUCACAAUGAGUUAUUCGGACCAAUUCCUAAGGAGCUUUGUGAGUUACACACAUUAGGUUACUUAUUAUUCUCAACAAGUUCAGCUCGCUCUGUGAUACCUUCUUCACUUUGGGACAUGAGCUCCUUGUUGAGAUUGAAUCUGGGAGGUAAUUUUCUUAGUGGGUCUCUUUCUCCACGAGUCGGCAACUUGAAAGGCUUGUAUUGGAUGCGCUUAUCAGGGAAUCAACUAUCAGGUGAAAUUCCUGCAAGUAUUGUAACUCUUGUAAAUUUACAAGAGUUGUAUUUGAAUCAAAAUCGAUUCCAAGGACCCAUCCCAGAUUCCUUAACCAACAUGGUUACUUUGAAAUCCUUGGAUCUGUCAUCCAACAAUCUCUCAGGUGUUAUUUCCAAAUCCUUGGAGUCAUUGAGGGAUCUAAAGCAUUUCAAUGUAUCACAUAAUGGAUUAUGGGGAGAAAUCCCAAGUGAAGGACCAUUUGCAAAUUUGUCGUCAGAUUCAUUUGAGGGGAAUCCUAGGUUAUGUGGGUUACCCAAGUUUGGAGUACCCUUGUGUCCUAAACCAAAGGGAAAGAAACUUGGACUGAAGCGCUUGGGGAAAUUAGCGAUUAGCCUUCUCUCCCUAACGGCUUUAGCUACGGUUGUUGUAGUUGUGGUGAUCAUUUGGUGCUGGAAUAGGAAAGUAAGGAACAGAAUGAGUGGAAGGGAAGAAUCUUUGCCUGUAACUAAAUGGAGAAGGAUUUCCUUACUCGAGCUCCAAAGAGCAACAAAUGGGUUUGAUGAUUGCAACUUGUUGGGAAAGGGAAGCUUUGGUUGUGUGUACAAAGGGGAGUUAGCCGAUGGAACCAGUGUAGCUGUGAAGGUGUUCAAUUUCUCGGAAGAAGAAGCCGAUGUUGACACGAUUGACGUUCAUCACGAAUGUGAGAUUUUGUGCAAUCUUCGACAUAGAAAUCUGAUAAAAAUUAUUAGCAUUUGUUAUGCAAUUGAUUUCAAGGCAUUAGUAUUGGAGUUCAUGCCAAAUGGAAGUUUGGAGAAGUGGCUAUAUUCUUACAAUAACUUUUUAGACAUCAUUCAGAGGGUGAACAUUGCGAUAGAUAUUGCAUCUGCCCUCGAGUAUCUUCAUCAUGGCUAUUCGGUUUCGAUAGUUCAUUGUGAUUUGAAGCCUGAAAACGUGUUGCUAGAUGGAGAUCUAGUUGCUCAUCUAAGUGAUUUCGGCAUUUCUAAGUUGCUAGGUGACAUUGAUUCCAUCACUAAAACACGCAUGUUUGGCACCGUUGGAUACAUAGCACCAGAGUAUGGCGGGGAAGGAAUUGUGUCGGUAAAGAGUGACGUGUACAGUUUUGGUAUUCUACUCAUGGAAGUUUUCACCAGAAGAAAACCCACCGAAGAAUCAUUUGAUGAGAGAAUGGAUAUGAAGCAGUGGGUUACUACAUUUAUGCCAGAGAGAGUAACCGAUAUUGCUGAUGCAAAUUUGUUGGCGGACGAUUCAAGAGUAAACUUCAGGGCUAAAGUCAAUUGCAUAUCAUCGAUUAUGAAGUUGGCAUUAGCGUGUUGUGCAUACACACCGGAAGACAGAAUGAAUAUCACUGAUGUGCUUUCCCAUUUGAAGAAGAUAAAGUCGCAAAUCUCGAAGUCAAGACGUGUGAGAAUUUAA